ACUGUAUGUACCCGCCUAAAACGCCUCACUGAACCAUUUACGGAGAGACACAGACAAAAAAAAAUGCAAGAGAAAUCAGAAAUGGCGAACAAGAACCCUAAGAAGGUUAAUCUCUUAGAUCAUCAUUCCAUCAAACACAUCCUCGAUGAGACCGUGCCUGAGAUUGUUAGCAGUCGAGGUUAUGUGGAAGACAUGAGAACGAGCAAUAUCAGGUUGAUGAUUGGAUCAAUUAUCAUUGUCAUUGCGUUGGUUGUUCAAUUUUACAACAAGAAGUUUCCAGAGAAUCGCGAUUUUUUAAUCGGAUGUAUCGCAUUGUAUUUAGUUUUCAAUGUGAUAUUGCAGCUAUUCAUCCACACAAAGGAAAAGAACGCAAUCUUGUUUACUUUUCCUCCUGAGGGUUCCUUCUCCAGCACUGGUUUGGUGGUUUCUUCCAAAUUGCCAAGAUUCUCCGAUUUGUACACACUUACCAUUGCAAGUGCAGAUCCAAAAUCAAUUUCUGCAGGGCAGCCAGUGAAGCUAACCAAAAGUGUCACUCAAUGGUUCACCAAGGAUGGAGUUUUGGCGGAGGGCCUAUUCUGGAAAGAUGUUCUAGCUCUAGUUGAUGAGUAUACAGCAGAACCGAAGAAGAAGAAGAAGUAAUUGAUCUUAAACUUCAGAACUCUCGUGACAGAUUAUUAUUGAGGAAGCAAAGAUCUAAUGCGAUUGUCAUUUAAUACAGAUAUUUUUCAUAAUUAAGAUGCUUGCAUCGGAAAAUUUUGGACCAAAUCGAAUGAAUCAACUUUAGACUACA